AUGAAUGGUGAUUUUGAUCUACAACUGAAUGAAGUUGAAAAAAUAUUUACUCCACGGCCUAAAACAUCACAAUCAAAUACUUCCACUGUAAGACAAACAACAAAUACAUUCGAUGUGGAUGAUCUCCUGAGAGAUUUAGACAUACCUAAAGUUUCGACACAACUGAAAACUACAUACGCACCAGUUAUAUUUAGUUGCCAAGAUGUAUAUUAUGAGAGUCACAAGGGUGGUGGUUUUUUUUCUCAAUCAAAAUUUUGUAAUGUUUUAAAAGCAGAGAUGUUGAACAUUUAUACAGUUGAAUUGACUAUUACUAAGAGAUUAUGGACAAAACAUCAAGAUUGUGUUCGAAUCAUUCAAGCAUAUGGUGAUCAAAAUGAAUGCCUUCAUAUUUCAUGUGAGUAUUCACCAAUCGGUAUAUUGGUUUCGUAUUUUCCUGAAGAUCAAUCAAAUAAAUUUCUAAAUUUAUGUGUUACUGAUAUAACAAUUGAAAAAAUUAUUAAAGAAAAAUUUAUAUCACGUGAUAUUAAUCUAACCACUAGUUCCGAUUUAACAACAACUAAUCAAAGUUUUUUUGCUCAAGAUAUUUUAAAAUUAGAAAAUCAGUUACGAUCUCGGCCUAUUUUAAUUAUACUUGAACAACGAUGCAUUCGUUUAUUUGGUAUAAUUGAUUUAGUCAAAGAAGUAGAAAAACAAAUUGAAGAUAUUCAAAUAAAAUAUGCAUCAAAUAUGGUUCAACUUAACUUGAAACCUAACCAGAUAAACUAUUUAAUGGAUAUUCAUUGUGAUGAAUUAAAAGCACUUGAAGCUAAUUAUAAAGAUACAAAGAUUAUUGAACAUUUAAGAAAUGCUAAAUUUCUAGCACCAACUUAUCUACAAAAUACUAUAGAAAAACAGAUUAUAAAUUUAGCCACAUUAUGUACACCAAUUGAUUUUGAAAUUCAAGAAGAAUCUUUUCGUCCAAUAGCACAGAAUGAAUGUUCUAAUCUUAUAAAUAUUGGUCGUCAAUAUAAAUGUCAUAUUGAAAUACAAGAAAAUGUCAUAAAUUAUACUUGUAAAAUACUUAAAGCUAUAUCACAAGAUCAUGUUUCGGAUGCAUUAACAGCAGCAGCAAUUAAAAUACAUCAGGAUGAUCUCGCUGAACAAAAAGUUGAUCUUGUUGUUAUUUGUUCGACAUCGAUGUAUCUUCGUGAUGAUAUUCUUAAAAAAGCUGGUCAAUCAGUAAAACAAGAAUAUAUAGAAGCUGCAAAAUCAUCACCAACAGAACCUUUUGAAACAAAUUCAGGAAAUUUAAAAUGUCGGAAACUUUUAUUUUUACCAUGGGAAAUAAAUCGAACUAAUAAUUAUACUUUUUAUCAAUCUAUUCGAAAUUUUGUUAAAAAAGCUGUACAACAUGCCAUUAAAACUCAUCAUACAUCAAUAGCAUUUCCAUCGAUUGGUUGUGGACAAAUAAAUGUAGAUAAAACUAUUAUUGCAAAUGAAAUGUUAGUCGAAGCUCAAAAACAAUUAUUAACAGGCAAUGUUUUAUUACAAAUAAUUUUUGUUAUUCUACCUCAACAAAUCGAUGUGUUUAACGCAUUUCAGUCGAAACUUGAUAAUCUUCAAACAGGCAAUAUAGCAAUAAAGGAUGCUGAAAUUUCUUAUCGUUUAUCAACACUUAAAUUAACUAUAAUAUCUUCCAGUAUAACAAAACAAGAAGAAUGCAAAAAAGCUUUAAAUAAUCAUAUACAAAAAUCGAUUGCUGUUCGUGAAUAUUUACAACAAACUGCUCUUAAAAUAUGGACACAACCUACUAUUAAUAAAUUUUAUAAAUUUUGUUUUAAUCAACAUGUUGUACUCGAUAUGAACAUUCAAAUUGGUUAUCUGAAAUUAUUUGGAUCAGAACAAUCAGUUAUAGAAGCUGACAAUGAAUAUCAUAAAGAACAAGCACAACAAAGUGAACAAGCUCGUUUAGCUGUUAUUGCUCGAGAUGUUAUUUGGGCAUAUAAAAUAAAUGAUAAUAAUUGGGAAAAAUAUUCAUCUGAAUUAAAUAUUCGUAUUGAAGAUGAAUAUUCAUCGAAAAGAUCAACAGUAAGUGAAUAG